AAGCUAGAAUAAAAAGAGGGGUGAUCUUUAGAUUUUUUUUUUUUUUUUGGAUUCUACCAGAAUUGACAUCCGUAUUCAUAGAGACCUCUUUUGAUCAUGAUCCAUACUAUUUUGUAUAUGGUGAGGUUGGCGCAUUUUUUAUCAUUCAAAAAAAAUAUUCAUCACUAUUUCAACCUAUUUGGUUUGCGCUUGUGUUUAUUUAAUUUUUGGUUCGAAUCAUCAUCUGAUAUAUUGAAUGUGAUAAAUACCGCGAGGUUUAUAAUAUAUUCGUUUUAUAAUAAUGUUAUUAUCAACCCGUGGAACAUUAAAAAUUAUUCGAGAUGUAUUGGGAAAAUUCAAUUUAUAUCAAGCUAGUCAAAAAUGUUCAACUACAAAUGUUUUAUCAUAUGAAAUAAUUGAACCAAAAUAUCCAAAAUCACAUGUUACUCGAUAUUUUCCUCCAGAUAUUCUUUUACCUGAUUAUGCAAAACAUGGCCAACCUAGUAAACAUCGUAAUUCAGUUUAUGUUAAAGACCAAAAAGAUAUAGAAAAAAUAUGGAAUUCUUGUAAAAUUGCUAAAACUAUACUAAUGACAACCGGCGAUCGUCUUAAAAUUGGAAUGACAUGUGAAGAUAUUGAUGACAUUGUCUAUGAUCUUUGUCUUCAACAUAAAUGUUAUCCAUCACCAUUGAAUUAUAGCCGAUUUCCUAAAUGUGUAACCACUUCUGUUAAUAAUAUAGCUGUACAUGGAAUCCCUGAUCAAAGACCAUUACAACAAGGUGAUAUUAUCUCCAUUGAUGUUUCCAUCUAUCAUGAUGGAUUUCAUGGAGAUUGUUGUCACACUUUUGCCAUUGGAGAAUGUGAUCAACAAGCUAAACAUCUUAUGAAUGUUGCCGAAUUAUGUCUAUACGAAGCGAUCAAAAUUUGCCGCGAUGGUCAGCUAAUAUCUACCAUUGGAAAAACAAUCGAAAAUAUUGCACGAAAAUAUGAAAUGGAUGUUGUUCGAGAAUUUUGUGGACAUGGUGUUGGCCAAGAUUUGCAUGAAAAUCCACAGAUACUUCAUUAUGACCAUGAAUCGAAUGAAAUGAUGGUCGAAAAUAUGGUGUUUACAAUCGAACCAAUCAUAUUGGAAACACCUGGCAAUGUUGUUAUGUUUGAUGAUGGAUGGACUGUUGCCAGCGAAAAUGAUUGCAGAUCAGCACAAUUUGAACAUACAAUUUGGAUUCGAAAACAGGAUGCUGUUAUAUUGACUGAAAUAUAAUUUUUUUUUUAUAAUAAUAAUAGGUUAUUUAUGUUAUAUCUAUCUUAUCAUCAUUGAUUAAAAAUACAAAUUCUAUGGAAA